GAGACUUCAAACCACAAUAAUGGAGUCACUGAAGUCGAUAGCUCGACAGAAGCCUUUAUGCUUAUGACACGCUCAAACACACAUAGCCUACGACGGACAAGCAUAAAACAUCACAGGCUUCCCAUUGACAAAUUGGAAAUAUCUCAGGAAAGCCUUCCAUGGAUGCCUAAAUUGCGGUUCAGAUUGCUAUUUGCGAAUGGGGGACACAGCACCCAAAUAGGGCAGCACAACGGCACGUCUCGGUAUUCUUUUGGAUGAAAGGUAAACACUACAUUGACGAGCCUAAUUAGAAAAAGGUGACGUGGAAAAGACAUUCGUUCCUUUAUUCGGUACCUGAUGUUCGCUAUCUUUGUAGACUAACAUUUUGCAAAGCUAUUCUUUUAUAUCAUCUGUAGUGGCAAAUUAGCGUGGGCUUUUACGCAUCGACGUGAAAUUAGGCUACUGUGCGACUACAUUUUUCCCUUCGUAAUUCAGUAUAGCCUAGGUUUUAAAUUAUUGAAGCUAUAGACCAAUUCUUACACUAUAUGGAUAAUAUAUAUAGUCUAGUGGUAGUAGUAGUAGUAGCAAUAAUAGUGGCAGCAACCUCCAACAAUUUGCUAUUAAAUGCAUUGAUUUCUAAAUCAGCACUUGAAGACCAAAAGCCAUUGAAAGUACACAAGGGAGAACCUGUCAAGAUAAGAUAGGAAAACACGGGCGAGUCUGUGACUAAUAAGAAAACGAAAAAAUGCUGCCUUCGCAAGAAGCAUCUAAGAUAUACCAUGAGAAUUAUAUGAGGAAUUCCAGAACAAUCGGGGUUUUAUGGGCGAUAUUUACAAUAUGCCUCGCUAUCAUCAACGUGGUGGUCUUCGCUCAACCCUACUGGAUUGGCGACAGCUUGAGCACGCCACAAGCAGGCCACUUCGGCUUAUUUCAUUACUGUAUUGGGGCUGGCCCCCCGAGCAAGGAGAUGACCUGUCAGGGUAGUAUCUCGGACUUCAGCGCCAUCCCCUCCAGCGCCUUCAAAGCGGCGUCCUUCUUCGUGCUGCUGUCCAUGGUUCUCAUCCUCAGCUGCAUCGCCUGCAUGGCGCUCUUCUUCUUCUGCAAUAUCGCCACUGUCUACAAGACGUGUGCUUGGAUGCAGCUUCUCUGUGCUGUGUGCUUGGUGUUUGGCUGCAUCAUAUUCCCUGAUGGCUGGGACGCUGAGGUGGUGAGAGACCUGUGCGGGGAGGAGACAGGGAAGUACACCCUGGGAAGGUGUUCCGUGCGCUGGGCCUACAUCCUGGCUAUCAUUGGCAUUCUGGAUGCUCUCAUCCUCUCUUUCCUGGCCUUUGUGUUGGGAAACCGACAGAGUGACUUCUUCUUCGAGGAAGUCAGAACUGAAAACAAAGACAUGGCUGUGUCUAGGAUUGAGGUACAGGACAGAAGAAAUCCUCGGUUUACUGGGCCGAGAUACUGAAGGGUUCCCCAGAGGCAACACUUCCAUGUCCUCCUACGGUUCCACCUAAAAUCCAGCCUGUGGUUUAAUGAGGAGGCUAUAUGUACCACAAUCUGUUUGUACAUUGAAUUUGCUAUAUUUUUUAAAGGAUGUCAGUCUUGCGCAUUGUAAAUGUCAUCAAUUUUGAAACUGAUUGGAUAACUGUAUGUACUGUAUAUAUUUAUGGAGUAUGACAACUCACUGAAGCUUUGUAAACUCAAGACCUCUGGGAAAGUCUCCUCAUCCCUAGUUAACGUUUCCAUGCUUCCAAACUGUGACAAGCACUGAUGCAUUCUAACUUCUCUCAAGUUCUCAACACAUGUUUAUGUUGUGCAUAUUGGACAGAAACAUUUUCUACAUGUAGACUACUUUUUGUAUCUCUUUUGAAAUGUCAGAUUCCACCAUUGGAUGAGAUUUUGAGGAACUUUUGACAAGAACUGUCCUUUUCAUUGAGUGUUGUUAAACUGCUCAUUGGCUUUCAGCUGUGUGUUGGGGAGUAGUUGACAUUGCAUGUGCUGUAUUAUUCAUAAUAUGGCCUAACUUCAGGCCAUUUGGUGUCAGGCUAAGUUUAGUUUCAAUGUCACUUUUUGCCAGAUGUUCUCCAAAUGAAAGUCACAAGUAUAUUUCAAAGCAGUAGUCAAAUGACUAGUAAUUAUUUGGUCUUACCAGAGAGUUCAACUCACUAUACUGUACCUUGAAGGAGCUAUUGUCUUGAGCUAAGGAAAGUGUCUGAGUUACAUCAGGUGAAGCAGUGACUGCAUUUAAUUCAGUGAAGUCAAUCACACAGGGCCAAAUGUGAUUUUGGCACUUUGUAAUGAGGGUACACAGUCUGUGGAAACUGUGCUAUGAGGAUCAAUUGGGAAAACGCUGACUUUCCGCCUGAAACCUGAUCAUGCCUAUCACCUUUGCUGUUUUCAUCUGCACCUUUUCUUAUAACUCCACUUUUACAAGGUGUCAGAUUUGAUUUGGAUGCUCAACACUCUUAUUGAUUUCUACAUGUAAACCUAAUUGCUACAUUGUUGUCUGCAGCUGUAUAUUCUAAUAUGUGUCUAGUAUAUCUCUGUUGAUAUUCAGACAUACUGUAUAUUGUAAUAUACAUCCGAAUAUCACAUAUUCGGUGUGGCUCCACAUUACAAAUAGUAAGUAUAUCUGUCCAGAAUAUCUGGUGGAAGUCACAGUUUUGUCAUCAUCAUUACACAGAGCUCAUCAAGUAGAACAACAGUUCAGUGUUCUGUUACACCCAAGAGCAGUCGGACUCUCUCCGAUUAGAUAGCCUCUGUAACGUGACUAAUGAGAAGUCGCAGUAGAGGUCAUCCAACAUGAGUAGAGGUCAUCCAAAACCUAGCAUCUAACUAACAGUAGUUACAGCAAGCAUACAGAGAUUCAAACACAAACCUAAUUGUGUAACGUUAUGGCUCUGUCCAAUUUAGAUUCAAACACUAACCUAAUUGUGUAUGGCUCUGUCCAAUUUUAUAUUAGCCAGAUGAGGUGAUCUGCUGUGUUGCUGAUAUGGUGAUGUGGUCUGAAACGAGGCACGCCCUUUAUGCUGCAUUUUAACUCAGGCUUUGGGGACUGACCUUUGUAGCAUUCAUCUGAGGGUCCAGGGCAACUGGGCCCUCGCUGAAUGACCUUUGAGGUAGCUGUGACCUUCUGUCCCAGAGACCCACUCACACUGUGCUUGGUUGAUGCACUGUGGGCCUCGUCCUCCAUCUCAGGCUGGUGAUGUCUCAUCUAGAUUGCGGAAACAAUAUCACAAAAGUGUGAGGUUUAUUUAGGUCUUCUGUCUUGUUAGGAGUUAUUAUGUACGGUUAGCAUCAGAGUGUGUUCAAAAUCAGCCCUCUGAUUCCCCAUUGGCUUUGGAAGGAAUCUUUUAAACAUUCUAUUUAAGUAUUUCCCUUAUUAUUUGAUUUUAUAUUCAUAAUAUGUAGUGUAUGUUUAAAGAAAAUGGUCACCAUACACCAUUCGCCAUACCUUAUAUAUGUGUGUUACCAUUAGCAUUCAUUUUGUUGGUGUAUGAUUGUAUUGUGAUGAAUUAAAGUUUACAAACAAGUAGAAUUAGAGGAUUUUUUAGAAGUAUUGGUUUGGUUCAAAAUAGUUUGGAUGUUGUGAUGAAUAUCACUCUCUUACCAAACAGGAUGGUUUUACAAAAUUAAUUACUGUAUACACACACUCAAAGUGCCCGGUGUUACUCAACGGAUGAGGUACCAAGAUGAUGACACCCUCCAAUUUAGCCAAAUAUGUUAUAUAUCAGUAUGGCCGUUUUUUGAAAAGGAACACUGAAGGGAAAUAAAGCUUGUUUUGUUUAUGAAAUUUGAGCAGUUCUUUAUGGUUAUGGUGUAGAUUUUGUAUCAAAAUAGAUUUAGCAUAUGAGUAUAUUACAGGAUGAAGUGCUGCACAAAACUGCGAAAUGUAUCCCAGUUUGAUCUAAGAGGUUAUCACUCUCAACCUUUUAACCUUUUUUCCCCCACAUUUUCCAGUUUAUGCUAUUCAGUGUGUAUUACAGUAUAUGAUUGUUUUUACUCAC